AUGUCUUUUAGCUGCUACGACGUCAGACGGCGAUCGGCAGCUGCUGGAUCACAUUUGGAUGGUUGGUCCAGGCUCCCGGCCAAUCAAAACUCAAACAAAUGCUGGGCCGGUGAGCGGUCCAGUAUCCUGGCCAAUCGCGUCCGGGUAGGCUUCACGGCCGUUGCAGCCGUACCUACCAGCAGUAAUGGAUGUUCGGCGCAGAAGCUCGCUCAACAAGGGGCGAUCUACCUCUUGCGCCGGUAUACCGGCCAUGACCUCCAUCUUCUCCCCAGCUAUCGAAUUAUACGCCGCGCAAUAAUGACUCAUACUGGUAGCAGUAACACCAAGCGCACAUUCUUGUCUGCUGUAAUUGGUACCUCCGUCGGAUUGGGCGUCGGUCUGGCCGUUACUGCCGUCUGGCAUGCUAUUUCUAAUCGGUAUCGCCGCCACUCCGACGCAACCAGACUAGAUAAUCUGCUGGCUGAACUAAAUGCGGUCAAAACGGAGUUAUCAGAAAUGCGGUCAAUGUUGCACUCUUAUCGACACAAUAAUGAAAUCUCUCCGGAAGAAAUCCUGCCAUUCUAUCUUUCCGAUGAUGAUGAUGAGUUUUUUGAUAUUCGCAGUCAAGACAGUGGUCCCGAGAUGUGCGCCGAAGAAGAUGCGACCAGUUGCAUUACAAAAUACUACUCAGCAGCCAGUAUGAGCAGCUCCAAGUCUUCUUCCCGCUUCCGCUUGGGUCCCCCUCUUCCUUCAGAAUUGAUAGAUGAACUUGAUCGGGUGGCAGAAUCGGCCAUGGGUAUUUGCCCAUCACUCUCAUCGACUCCAGAAAUUAGCGCUGCAGGUGACGCUUCCCAUCUUGGUUCUCAAGCCUAUGCCAGGUGUUUGGUAUAUAAGAACACAUACCGUCGGACCCCGGAAUUCCUGUGGCGGUUUGCCCGGGCAAUCUAUCUUGCCAGUCAAGAUGCUGUCGCUGACGACGAUGAUCCCACAGCUACUUUUCGCGAUUCCGAAGUUACUAGUGAAGUCGCCUCUGUUUCCUCCCAGUUACUUGACCCUCGGAGUUCGAAUGACUUAGCUUACGAGUUGAACAGUCGACGUCAAUUUAUCGAACGCGGUUUGGCUACUGCCCGCCGAGCCUUGGUUCUAGCCAGACGCGCAGAGAGUCAAACUGAUCUGAUGCUAGGAUCCAAAUCCACAGCCGAAAUGUACAAGUGGCUUGCCGUAUUUGUGGGCCUCGCUUGUGACUUUUGUGGGAUACAGCAACGGAUCAGUUAUGGUUUCGAAUUUAAGGACUUAGUGGACAAGGCCAUUGAACUGAAUCCGGAAGAUCCCGAAACUCACUACCUGAAGGGACGAUGGUGUUAUCAAGUCUACAAUCUGUCCUGGGUAGAGCGACAGUUUUCAGCCAGGUUGUUUGCCACUCCACCAACCGCAACACUCGAAGAAGCAACAGACAGUCUUCAGGAACCAAGUCUCUGGCAGACAAAAUAUUUGUGGACAGAUGUGGUGGUUGUUGUGGUGAGCACACAAGUAGGUAGACAUAGCACUGUUGAGGCUCACAUGAUAGGGGUUGUCCUGGGCUGGAAUCGAGACGCAGGGACAAGGCCAAAAGAAUGUUGCAGUUUUGUACUGAACACGGACCGUUUCUGUGCAUUAAGAACUUCCGAAACAACCGAAGCCGCUAGGCCACAUGGUGCCCCCCGCAUGCCAUGGCUGUGGGUUCAUGGCUGCUUCAGGUUAUGCUCUUUAGAGUCGCAAGCACGUACAAAUAUGUUUCUCCAUGAAUCACUGCUAGGCGGAAUUCCAGAUGGAUCUCGCUUCACCGCUUGCAGUUAUCAGCUACUGCGGUCCAGAAGUCUAUCCCGCACAAGUCUGGCAAAAUUUUCGGAACGGUCACCGGUCCAAUAUGCAGUUGUGGUCGGAGUGACCGAAGGUCCGGACCAAACAGCCAAUUGUGGCUGGCCGAAGGCUGGUGGCCAACGUGGGAUUCAUAAUUUAUCGGAGACAUCCCUGGAAAUUCCGCCUCCAUCCGGACGUGUUAUCUUCCGUCGUCAUUCAGUAGACACUCGAGAGUAUGUUGACCCACAGUUUCGAUCAAUCAGGGCUCCCUGGGAGAUAACAAGCCCACCGACCAAUCACACACGUGCUUGGGUUGCUAGUGGCUGCGCUGCUUAUCGGCGAAUGGAAGUCUCAGUCCUCAUUCCAGAAGCUGCUUGCGAACUUUGCACGAUCCCGCGUCAUGUCCCCCCACAACAGGUUGGGUAUGAAAUGGACUCAGCUGUUGAGAUCGUAGGGCCUCAAAUUUCAUUCGGAAUCUUGACCAUCAGUGACUCAUGUUCGUUCAAUUCCGCUGUUGAUGAGAGCGGUCCGAUGGCAGUCAAACUGGUCGAAGAGGGUGGUUAUUCUGUGGCCUUGCGUGACUGUGUCCCGGACGACCAAGCGCAGAUCCAUGCACUUCUUAUGAAAUGGAUUGCCUCUGGCCUGGUACAUGUGAUCGUUACCAUCGGUGGUACAGGCCUCAGUGGUCGAGAUGUAACACCUGAGACUGUUUUGAAAAUAAUUGGCCAAGGUCGCCGGCUUUCUGGACUGGAACAUGCACUGUACGGUUGUUCCUUCCAGCAUACACCAAUGGCUGCCUUGUCUCGUUUUGUAGCUGGAGUACGAGACCAGGUAUUACUUAUCGCGAUCCCUGGGAGCCCCAAGGCAGUUUCUGAAUGCAUCCCCAUUCUCUUACCGAUAGUCAAACACGCGGUCGAGCAGAUCAGGGGCUGGUCAGUUGGACACAACACAAACAAAGUGCGUGCUCUAUCCCUACCACUUCUCGAAACUAACACUAAGAGCGCUGCCUCUCGUCCAAGGGAGUCUCCGUUUCCGAUGAUAUCAGUUAGUGAGGCUCAGGCGAAGAUUUUUCAAGCUGCCACCCUCAUGUUGGCGCGCCUCACAGUUGAGCCGGUUUUCUACAAAAAUGCAGUGGAUCGCGUGCUUGGAUGUUCACUCCGAGCACAACACCCCAUCCCUCCGUUUGAUGCCAGCGUCAUGGAUGGAUACGCAGUUCGCUUUAGCCGCAAACCAGGUAGACUUCGAGUUGUUGGUGUUGUAUGUGCCGGUGACCCACAGCCAGCUGAUGUGUCUCUCGCCAGGGGCACGUGUAUGCGUGUAAAUACCGGUGGUCCUUUACCACCUGGAACUGAUGCGGUAGUCCCAGUGGAACAUACUCGCCUUAUUUCCACAAAACGGGUGACUUCCAAGAACGGUUUCCCUACUGAAGAAGAAGAGCGGAUUGAAGUCUUAACGCCUCCCCGAAAAGUGGGUGAAUUCAUCAGGUCAUCGGGUACCGAUCUGUCCAGUGAUUACGUCUUUCAACGUGGUUUACGUCUUGGUCCAGCUGAAAUCGGUUUAUUAGCUGGUGCAGGACUACUAUCGCCCUGUACUAAUUUCGCCAACUUGUUGGCAGAUCAUGGAACGAAUCUGCCGCCUGCGGUUCUUGACAGCUUAUCUCAGGGUGGAUAUAUUCCAUGUAUUCAACAGCCGCGUAUAGGAAUUUUUUCAACAGGGAACGAAUUGGUCGACCCAACUUCCCCGUUCGAACCGAUAUCGAUAAUCGACUCCAAUCUUCCAGCCUUGUCUGUUUUGCUUCGCAAACAUGGUUUCCCCAAUACCGUGGAUUUAGGAAUAGUGUCGGAUCAACAGGAUCUACUGAUAGAAACAUUCCAGCGAGCGUUUGGCUUAUGUGACAUCUUAAUAACCACGGGAGGAGUUAGUAUGGGAGAACAUGACCUUGUGGCCACUGUUUUGGCCGAAAAAUUUGGCGCCAUAGUACACUUUUCUCGUGUAUUCAUGAAACCUGGAAAGCCGACCAAGUUUGCCACCGUCCCGUUGUAUUCCGAUUUAAAAUCACGGAAAGUUCUGGUGUUUUGCUUGCCUGGCAAUCCAGUCUCAGCAUUCGUGACUACACAUUUGUUUGUCUUGCCAUUGCUGCGUCAACUGGAGCUCCGCCCAGAGACAGAUUGGACUUUUCCGCGCAUAAGAGUUCGCCUACUCCAUUCGGUGAGCCUUGGGGAUCGGCCUGACUAUCGACGUGCUCGCAGGAUGAGCUUAAUUUUCAGACUUCUAUCCAAAGUACCUAACCAGAUCCCAGUGACUGCAAAAUGUGACCGUCCUUUUCCAACCGAUUAUCUUAUGAGCGCAUGGCAAUGCCUGAAUUUUCUCGAACCUGGGACCGACAACUUAACCAAAGAGCUACACCGAACACUCACUCGAAGAAUACCUACGAUAAAUCGUCCGGAUCAGCUACUCAUCAAGUUAUCCACAGCCUCAUUAAAUCCUGUUGAUUUGCUGCUCAUGUAUGGAUACGGUGCGACUACAUUUCGGUAUGCUCGUCGGUUCAUUUCAGCAUGUGCUCAGUCAAAUCCAGCAGAAUAUGGGUCAGAUUUUCCAUUUACUCCCGGCAGGGAUUUUGCCGGUCAAGUCGUUGGCUGUGGUCCGUCGGUACUGAGUUCUCGAUCUCCUCAGUAUGCUAACCUUCGAGUAGGUCAGCGCAUAGCAGGAGCUACUUGGCCCUUUCUUAGUAGCACCGGAUCUGGUUCGCUAGCUGAAUAUAUUGUUUGUUCAGCAGCUGAUGUUGCUUGUAUACCAGAGAAUGUGAGUUCAACUGAAGCAGUUGCUGUUGGAUAUGCUGGCCUUACCGCUUGGUCUGCUUUGGAGUGUGGAGGACUCAAGCCUUCUCUUCCUCUACAACAAAAUUCCAAACCUCCCCGCGAACCAAUCAUCUUGAUUGCUGGAGCUACUGGUGGAGUUGGACUGGUUGCAUCUCAGCUAGCAAAACUCUGGGGUGCUCGUGUUCAUGUAACGUGCCCUUCGGAUGCUAAAGCUCAAGAACUCAUGAAGGAAUUGAACGUUGAGGAGGUGAUUGUUUAUCCGAAUCAGCCUCCAAUUGGAAUGAAGUAUGAUAUCAUUAUCGACUGCGUGCGCCCCGUACUGCUGAAGGAACUUCUGAGUACGCCUCAGUUAAGCCUCCAGUCACUGUUGGAAUUCAGUCUCCCACGGCCUCCCUCUCUGUUUGACUACCUCAAACCAGACUGUGGUGCACGGUAUGUUAGCCUAAAUCCUCCUAUUCUUUCACUCGUUGAUCAGCUUGGUUUCGUUCUUGGUGGGGGUGUUAGUUUUGCCCAAUUGGCCAGUCUUCAACUGUUUCCCUGGAUUGCAUCAAAAGGUAGACGACAGAGUCAAUUUCGGUGGGCCUUUUUCCAACCAAGUGGAAAACGUCUGACGCACUUGCUGCGUUGGGUCAGCACUGGUGAACUUAAAGUGUAUGUGGACAGUGUGUUUCUAUUUGGUCAAGUUCCCGAGGCUUUUGAGAGGCUACGUGGUCGAGGUGUUCGUGGAAAAAUUGUCAUCCAAGUUCAUGAGUAGACAAUCUCCCAUGCGGACGUCUAAUUGAGACGAAAUCCCUUACCUACUGUAAAUAUUUCUCCUCACUUUGCUAUUAUGUUACUUGGCAGUUAUUUCCUGUUGUUUCAGUAUACAAUACAUUCCUAAUUCCACCAAGAAAAUAGCGUCUUGACUGCGCUGGAGGAAUUCAACUGAUGUCUAUUUUAAGGUUGUAGGGGUCACUUCCUUGUUCCUACAACC